UACCAUGGAUGUAGACAGAGUGUCUGCUGGGCUCUCCUCCCUUGCCAUCAAAACGUCCAACUACCAUACAGCAAAGGAGGGAAAAUUCAGCUACUUCUGGAUGCCCCAAGGGGCUCUUAUCAGGUGCCAAAUUAAGAAGAAACCACCAUGGACAUCGUAUCCAGCUCCACUCCAGGAGAGCAUCGUGUUCGGUCAGAGAGCUGCAACAGCGCCACUUCGCAAUCUUCCAGUGUGUCACUGUUGCUACGGCAGCGUAUGACCCAACUUAUGGCCUGCGUGGAAGACUUGAGCUCUGAUGAAGAAAUCCAGGAAGAGAUGUCUCGAACCCUGGAUGAAGCCUUUUCUCUGUGUGCCAAGAAAAGUAUGAAGGAGGAGGUCAGGUUCAGAUUUCACAUAGUCACAUGGAAUGUUGCCACAGCUCAGCCACCUGAUGAUGUCAGUUCUUUGCUACAACUGGAUGCAGAUGAGCCCAUUGUGGAUUUGUAUAUUAUUGGUCUGCAGGAAGUGAAUUCAAAAAUCCUGAACUUCGUUAAUGAUAUGGCUUUUGAAGAUCCCUGGAGCAUUUUCAUUAUGGAUACUCUUUCUCCUUUUGGAUAUGUCAAGCUCACUUCUGUACGAAUGCAGGGGCUCCUGUUACUGGUGUUUUCCAAGCUCUGCCACAUUCCUUUUAUACGGGAAGUGCAGGCUAGCUACACCCGCACAGGAAUCUAUGGAUAUUGGGGGAAUAAAGGUGGAGUUUCUGUUCGCAUGUCUUUUUAUGGUCAUUUGAUCUGCUUCCUGAAUUGUCAUCUUGCUGCCCAUAUGGAGUAUGCUAGUCAGCGUGUUGAUGAAAUUGAACGCAUCCUGGAUGUUCAAGAGUUCCAUGGGAAUUCUUCGCCAAAGAUUCUUGACCACAAGGUAGUUUUCUUAUUUGGAGAUCUGAAUUUCCGUAUUGCUGACCAUGGAAUGCAUUUCCUAAGAGAAACCAUUAACAACCGCCGUUUCCACCUCUUGUGGGACAAAGACCAGUUAAAUAUUGCCAAAAAGAAAGAACAUUUCCUGAAGAAUUUCCAAGAAGGCCCCCUUCGAUUUAAGCCAACAUAUAAAUAUGACCUCAACUCAGAAAACUUUGACUCCAGGGAGCAGAAGACUUGGUUGGGUUUUAAUGGCAAGAAACGUAAGCCAGCUUGGACUGAUAGGAUACUAUGGUGGAUGAAAGUAGAUGACCAGAAUGAAACAGAAGAGGCAAGGGAGCAACAGAAAACAGAGGAGAACACAAUAGAGCCAAAAGAUCCAGAACCACCUAUCACAGUUAUCCAGGAAAAAUAUACAAGUCAUAUGAUAUAUGGUAUCAGUGAUCACAAACCUGUAACUGGUACCUUCAUCUUGGAGAUGAAAAAGUUACAGACCACCCCGUUGGUGAGCUUAUGUGCAGAAGGCCAGUGGAGUGCAGACCAGGAUGCACUCAUUACAUAUUCUGUGCUGGAGGCCUUUUCUAGCAGCACGUGGGAUUGGAUUGGCCUAUACAAGACAGGAUUUAGGAGUCAUUUGGAUUAUGUUACAUAUGUGUGGGUGAAGGACGAUGAGGUGUCCAGCAGCAGUGAGGCUUAUCAGGUUUAUAUUGGAAUGGAUCAGAUUCCAGUGCUUGGUGGAGAGUUCAUUCUUUGCUACUACAGCAGCAACUUGCAAUGUAUUAUUGGAAUGAGUCCAUCUUUCCAGAUUAAUGAGUCUUGUGUCAACUUACAUGAAAAUCAAAGCUUUGCCAAGAGCCAGGAUAGGCCUGUGUUGGACCCAAAAGACGACUUCUGAAAGCCUUGCAGUUCUUUUGAAUGUAGAAAUACAUCGUUCUGAUGUUCAUCUCAGUGAUAUUAAAACUUAAAUUAAGAAUUAAAUUGUCAUCCUUCUUCUGUGUUCAGACAGAAGUUAGAUGGCUUCACAGAGAUGGAAGACAUUUAAAAUCUCAGUAAGGCUGGACCAACCCCAUAUGCACAUAAGCCUUGGUUUAACAAAGAACCACAAAUUGGAAGGACUAAUACUAAAACAUGGCUGCCUGAGCAAACGAAACUUGUUAAUCGAAACUUGUUCUAUAAGUAGCAUGUAAAUUUCCAAACCUGACAAAAAAUAUUAGAAACAAAGAUCCAUUAUUUUAUACGAGUGACCAAAAAAGGCCCACUGUUAAGAUCAGUUUCAUCCCAUUCACUCUGAUGUGAGGUCCUUGUUAAGCUACAUGUGAAGUUGUUUUUAUUCAUUUUAAACUUCUUUUAAUUAGUUUUUACUUUUAAAAUCAGAGAAACCGAAUGCUACAAUAUAUGGGCCCUACUCAGAUCACCUAGUAAAGGAAACUUUCAAAAGGUUUAUAGUCUAAUCUACUGAGAUUUUUUUUUCUUUUUUCUCAAGUAUAACCAGUAUUGAAGAUAUUUUAAGUUAUUUUUGUUUGAUGUUCUUAAGUUUGAAUUAUUUUUAGGGGUAUCCAAGUGUAAUCUUAAUGAAGUACAGAUAUCUCAGGUGCAGGCACCGCCAGAUGACUGAGAUUUGAAGAGUGGUAGAUAACCUCAUUAAAUGUCGUGGAUGACUGUGAGCACUGAGCUACUGCAGUCACGGAGCCUCCAGAAAGCUUGACCAUGAUUCUGGCAUGUCAGAAAUGGUAGGUGUAGCCCAUUCUUAUGGGCUUACAGUAAUAAUGUUUUUUUCAGAGCCAAAAUUGAUAGAAAUAUUUAAUUAUGUUAAAUUUAGGAGCUAUUAGGAGGAUAUUUGAUAUAUAGGAGGUGGGUUUUGAAUUGCUAAAAAACAAUGUAAUAUUUGUCUUCCAAAUUAAACCUUUGAUGAUAGAUAUUACUAACAUUUUUAUUUGUUGUACUAUUUUUUUCUGUUGUAGUCUUUUUAUUUAUUUUUAAUUGGAAGGGAAAACUCCCAUCAGUUAAAGAGAAACUAUAAAAAUACACCCAUACAAAUUGAAAUUUUUUUUUUCUCUUUCAUUCGGAUCCAUCAUGUUUUUUUCUUGUGUUGUCAUUUAUUUUAUGCCAUAUUGCGUGAGAAUGUUUUAUAUUACCUUUAAGCAUGAGCAGUACAAUAUAAUAUUUAUUGAAGAAGAAACAGGACAAUGUGUUUGUUACAGUAUCAAUGCAAAUACAGUGCAUUGAAACAUAUACAACAUCUGGAGUAAACAUUGUACUGACUAUUGUUACUGUUAACUUAAAGAUGUUUUUUACCUUAGCUAAUAUAAUAAUAAACAGUAGAGAGGAUUUCAAAAUACUUCUGUCUUACAUGUUCCUUACAUAGUUUUUUUAAGUCACUCACAUUUUAACAGAGGCAGUGAUUGUGAAUUAACCUUGUGUGAGUGCUGGGAUGUGGACCCUGAUGGGAACUGGCACUGCCAGGAUAAACCGUGACCUCCUGUAAUCUGAAUUUACAGUAUGUGGCUGGUGACUUUUACAUCAGCAUUUCUGUCCACUUUUAGUUGCUUGUAUAUGGUUGAAGCUGAAGAGGUCUAAAUAUGGUAACAAAUACAAAUAAAUAAUACUGAUAUCAUGCACAUUCGACUUUAGAAUGCAAAAUGAUUUGACAAUCACAGAAUUUGGAAUGCCAAACAAGAUUUAUUACAAAGAAGAAUGGCUUGCAGUGUCUAUUUACACAUGUCAUUAUAUUUAACUAAACUUUAUUUUAUUUCAUUGGCAGGAAUUUAACAGAUAAAAUGCUGAGUUCUGAUAUUUGCGCAAAAGUGUUUUUUCUUUCUACUUUUUGAAGUAUCAAAAACCUCAGUUUAUUUUUAUACUCCAUUUGAAAAAGCCUUGAUGUUUACUUAUUAAGAGCUCUGAUUCUGAAAUGUAUGCCGCAUUUCUGCUUAUCAUGCAACCCAGGCAGUUUGCUUGCAAGCAUCAUUUGUAAAACCGUUUUAAAUGUUUUGCUAUUUUAUGCAAUUAUGUUAAAUGUUGUUAUUUUUCAAUAUGCCGGUACUGCUCCUUAGAAGGUCCAAAGCUGCUGAACUUUUGUUACAAACUUUGAGUGAUGUUAAUCGGUCUAUUUUCAUAGUAAAUAAAAUAAAGGCUUCUAUUAUGUAAACCAAGUGGAUAAUUAAUGUCAGUAAUAAAGACACUGAAGAAAUAAACACAGAUUAUACUUUU